AUGUUUUCUGUCAAAGACGUUACACCUAGAGCAGACAGUUGCCCAACUCUUCCUUGGACUCAUGAGGUAAAGCAGAUCGGACCGGUUUGUUACCUUGUCAGGAAGAUCAAUAUUAUCACAUUCUUACCUGGACAAGGGGAUCUAGCCAAGUUCUUACCUGGACAAGGGGAUCUAGCCACGUUCUUACCUGAUCAAGCGGAUCUAGCCACGUUCUUACCUGGACAAGGGGAUCUAGCCACGUUCUUACCUGGACAAGGGGAUCUAGCCACGAUCUUACGUGGACAAGGGGAACUAGCCACGUUCUUACCUGGACAAGAGGAUCUAGCCACGAUCUUACCUGGACAAGGGGGUCUAGCCACGUUCUUACCUGAUCAAGGGGAUCUAGCCACGUUCUUACCUGGACAAGGGGAUCUAGCCACGUUCUUACCUGGACAAGGGGAUCUAGCCACGAUCUUACGUGGACAAGGGGAACUAGCCACGUUCUUACCUGGACAAGGGGAUCUAGCCACGAUCUUACGUGGACAAGGUGAUCUGGUCACGUUCUUACCUGGACAAGGGGAUCUAGCCACGUUCUUACCUGAACAAGGGGAACUAGCCACCUUCUUACCUGGACAAGAGGAUCUAGCCAAGUUCUUACCUGUACAAGGGGAACUAACCACGUUCUGA